AUGGAAAACGCGUGGAAAAGCGUGGCAGCUAUUGUAAAAACAAAUGUGGAAGCCUGCAAAGAAUUAUGGAAAAGCCUGAAGUCGAAAUACAUUCGCGAACGAAGACUAAUGAUAACAAUGCCAUCAGGCACUGCAGCAUAUCCUGGCAAUUGGCCAUUGUUCAAAGCAAUGGCUUUUCUGGCGCCUACAAUUCAAACCAGAAGCCAGUGUGAGAACACCCAGUCUGGAAUAGACCUGGACGGAAAUCUAAGGCCAACUUCACAAUUAUUGAGCUUUGAGGAGGUGGAGACCCAUGGGGACACGGAAAUUUCAUUAGGCUCAUCAGGUUCCGGUUUGAAAGUUAUAUAUCCCGUCUCAAGCACCAGUAAGCAUCAAGAACUAGAAAUCGCAAUCAGAAGAAAACAACAAAAUUUAGAAGCACCGCUUGAGAAUCCCAUCCCAAGCACCAGUAGACAGAAUCCCAUCCCAAGCACCAGUAGACAUCAAGAACUAGAAAUCCCAAUCAGAAGAAGACGACAAUAG